CCCUCGCUAACACUCCUAUGCUCCCAUAAGAUCUGCAAGCUGAAUUUCCUGAAUUUCCUCUCAGCUUGAUCUCUCUCCAAUCUCGAUGCCUCUUAAUUUCUCUCCCUUCCUAAACAAACUACCUCGUUAACAGAAAAACCCUAACCGUCGAAUCCACACAGUGAAUUACCUGGGCACAGGUUCUCGUGCAUAAACACAAAAGCCAGAAAGCUUCAACACAGAUGGCUUUCAUGGCGGCCUUAGAGUCCGAUCUUCGUGCUCUCUCUGCGGAGGCUCGCCGAAGGUAUCCCGCCGUGAAGGACGGGGCGGAACACGCCAUACUCAAGCUUCGUUCAUUAUCAAAUCCUAGUGAAACUUCAAACAAUGAGGACAUACUUCGGAUCUUUCUAAUGGCCUGUGAAGUCAGAACAGUCAAGCUUAGUGUUAUAGGACUUUCUUGUCUGCAAAAGCUUAUAUCUCAUGAUGCAGUUGACCCAUCGGCUCUGAAGGAAAUUCUUUCUACUUUAAAAGAUCAUGCUGAAAUGGCUGAUGAGAGUGUUCAACUUAAGACUCUACAGACUAUAUUAAUAAUAUUCCAGUCACGUUUACAUCCUGAAAGUGAGAGCAAUAUGGCUCAAGCCCUUGGCAUCUGUCUUCGACUUCUUGAUAAUAAUCGAUCUUCAGACAGUGUGAGGAAUACUGCUGCGGCUACAUUCAGACAAGCAGUAGCCUUGAUUUUUGAUCAUGUGGUUUCUUUCCUGGGUUUUGGGUCAACGGAGCAUGAAUUUGUUUCUGGGGGUUCGUCAUCAAGAAGAGAGACCCUAACUAAUGUUGGAAGGCUUGGACUGCGUUUGCUUGAAGACCUGACAGCUUUUGCUGCAGGUGGAUCUGCAACUUGGCUACGUGUUGCUUCUCUCCAAAGGACAUUUGCGCUUGAUAUACUUGAGUUCAUUUUAUCAAAUUAUGUGGCUGUCUUCAGGAUAUUGGUUUCCUAUGAACAGGUGUUGCGUCACCAAAUAUGUUCUCUUUUAAUGACUUCACUUCGAACCAAUGCUGAGCUUGAAGGAGAAACAGGGGAGCCUUAUUUUCGUCGCUUGGUCUUGCGCUCAGUUGCUCACAUUAUCCGACUCUACAGUUCGUCUCUCAUCACUGAAUGUGAGGUUUUCCUUAGUAUGUUAGUGAAGGUUACCUUUCUUGAUUUGCCAUUAUGGCAUCGCAUUCUUGUUCUUGAGAUCUUAAGGGGUUUUUGUGUUGAGGCAUGGACUUUACGAACUCUUUUUCAGAACUUUGAUAUGCAUCCUAAGAAUACAAAUGUUGUGGAGGAUAUGGUCAAAGCACUUGCUCGAGUUGUUUACAGUGUACAGUUCCAGGAGACCAGUGAGGAAAGCUUGUUAGCUGUUGCAGGGAUGUUUAGCAGCAAAGCUAAAGGAAUUGAAUGGAGUCUUGAUAAUGAUGCAUCCAAUGCUGCUGUCUUGGUUGCUAGUGAAGCACAUGCAGUAACAUUAGCAAUUGAAGGUUUGUUGGGUGUUAUUUUUACAGUAGCAACACUGACAGAUGAAGCUGUAGAUAUUGGUGAGCUUGAGUCCCCCAAGGGUGACUAUGAUCCUUUGGCAAGACGGACUGGGAAAACUGCAGUUCUUUGCAUGGCAAUGGUGGAUUCAUUGUGGUUGACCAUACUUGACGCAUUGUCUCUUAUUUUGUCAAGGUCUCAAGGAGAGGCAAUUGUAUUGGAGAUACUAAAGGGGUAUCAGGCAUUCACUCAGGCGUGUGGAGUUCUUCAGGCCAUAGAACCUUUGAACUCUUUUCUGGCAUCUCUAUGCAAAUUUACCAUCAAUUUUCCCAAUGAAGUGGAAAGAAGAAGCUAUGUUUUACAGUCUCCUGGGUCAAAACGUUCUGAUGUACUUCCAGAUCAGAAGGAUAGCGUUGUCCUUACACCGAAGAAUGUACAGGCUUUAAGAACUCUCUUCAAUGUUGCACAUCGAUUACACAAUGUAUUGGGGCCAUCCUGGGAGGUCUCUACAGCUGUACCAAAGCUUACAAGAGAAUUUUCUGGGCAGUACAGUGAUUUCAAUAUUCUUUCUUCUUUAAAUUCUCAGUUGUUCGAGAGCUCAGCAUUGAUGCACAUAUCUGCAGUGAAAUCACUUCUUUCUGCCCUACGUCAGUUGUCACAGCAAUGCAUGGUUGAGAUUUCAAGUGGUUUUGGAUCAGCAUCUAGUCAAAAAAUUGGAAGCAUAUGUUUCUCAGUGGACAGAAUGAUAUCGAUUCUUGUCAACAAUCUUCACAGGGUGGAACCAUUGUGGGACCAAGUUGUAAGCCACUUUAUUGAGCUUGCUGAACAUUCUAAUCAGAAUUUAAGAAAUAUGGCGCUUGAUGCAUUAGAUCAGUCAAUAUAUGCUGUUUUAGACUCGGAAAGGUUCCAGGACCAUGCACUGUCUCGGCCCCUUAUUGCAUCUAAGGAAGUGGAACCUAGUCACAUGGAGUUGAGAUCCCUUGAAUGUGCUGUGAUAUCUCCACUAAGGGUUCUAUAUUUUUCUACCGAAAAUUUUGAUGUUCGUGUUGGAUCCUUGAAAAUUCUUCUUCAUGUUUUAGAGAGAUGUGGAGAAAAAUUGUAUUACAGUUGGCCAAGUAUUCUAGAAAUGUUGAGAUCUGUUGCGGAUGCUUUAGAGAAGGAUCUUGUCACCCUUGGAUUCCAGAGCCUUCGGGUCGUUAUGAAUGAUGGACUUUCUUCUGUUCCUGCCAACUGCCUUAAUGUAUGCAUAGACGUUACUGGAGCGUACAGUGCCCAGAAGACUGAACUGAAUAUAAGCUUGACAGCUAUAGGUCUUUUAUGGACUAUGACUGAUUUUAUCGCCAAAGGGCUACAUUUUGGGUUUGGGGAGGACAAGGAAACAGACAUGCAUUGUGCUAGAAAGCAGAUGGAUGGUGGAAAGGGAGAAGAACAGACAGCCAACUUAGCUGAUAAUUCAGACAAUCAACCUUCCUUAAUCAACGUAAUUGAUCAUAAAAAGUUGUUGUUCCUGGUUUUCUCUUUACUUCAAAAACUUGGAGAUGAUGAACGUCCAGAGGUGAGGAAUUCUGCUGUCAGGACACUCUUUCAAAUUCUGGGAAGUCAUGGGCAAAAACUUUCAAAAACCAUGUGGGAGGAUUGUCUGUGGAAUUAUGUUUUCCCUAUGUUGGAUAGUGCCUCCCACAAGGUUGCCACUUCAUCGAAGGAUGAAUGGCAUGGUAAAGAACUUGGGACUCGAGGAGGGAAAGCAGUGCACAUGCUUAUACACCAUAGUCGUAACACAGCCCAGAAACAGUGGGAUGAGACACUUGUACUGGUUCUUGGCGGAAUAGCUCGCCUGUUGCGUUCUUUCUUCCCUUUCCUUGAAAGCUUGAGCAAUUUUUGGUCAGGAUGGGAGUCUUUGCUUCUUUUUGUUAAGAAUAGCACCUUCAGUGGCAGUAAAGAGGUUGUGCUUGCAGCAAUAAAUUGUUUACAGACAACUAUUCUUGCCCACUGCGUCAAGGGAAACUUACCGAUGCCUUACCUGGACUCUGUUCUGGAUGUCUAUGAGUUUGUUUUCCAAAAAUCACCAAUAUACAGCAACAGUACAGCUAGCAAGGUGAAGCAGGAGAUUUUGAACGGUCUUGGGGAACUAUAUGUGCAAGCACAGAGGAUGUUUGAUGACCACAGGUUUUCACAGUUGCUAGCAAUUAUACAGUUGGCAAUAAAGCAGACCAUGAUUACCAAUGAUAACUACGAAUCUGAUUUUGGACAUGUUCCACCUGUAUUACGUACUGUGCUUGAGAUCUUACCUUUGUUACGCCCGACUGAGCGUCUUAAUUCAAUGUGGCUUGUCCUUCUUAGAGAGCUUCGGCAAUAUCUUCCAGGAUCAGAUUCAGCUUUACAGAGUGAGGAAGAUGAACCUGAACAAGCCAGCACUAGUGACCAUGGUCAAGAUAUCCAUUUGAAGAAAGGACAGGCAAAUGGUACUGCUUUUUUGUCUGAAAAAGUUGAAGCUUCAUCCUUGAAUUCAGGAUCUGCUAUUACCAGAUCAGCAGCAAUACCAAGUUAUAUGUUUGCAGAAAAACUAAUUCCUGUUAUAGUAGAUCUGCUCUUACAGGCUCCAACAGUUGAAAAAUAUAUCAUGUUUCCAGAAAUUAUUCAAAGCCUUGGAAGGUGUAUGACAACAAGAAGAGACAAUCCAGAUGGCUCACUUUGGAGGGUAGCCGUUGAAGGCUUCAAUCGCAUGCUAGCUUAUGACAUUGACAAGUUAAACAUGAAUUGUGAUCCAGAUUCAAAACUUAGCAGACCUGCAAGAGUGCGUUUUUGGAAAGAAGUUGCAGAUGUCUAUGAGAUAUUUCUUGUGGGUUACUGUGGGCGUGCACUUUCUUCCCAUUCCCUGCCAGAUAUGGCACUUGAGCCUGAUGAAUCCCUUGAAAUGACCAUAUUAAAGAUUCUGGGUGAUAGAAUUCUCAAGUCGACUAUUGAUGCACCUGCAGAUAUUCUUGAACGGCUUGUUUCAACCUUGGACCGUUGUGCGUCACGUACAUGCUUUUUACCUGUUGAGACAGUGGAACUUAUGCCUGCUCACUGUAGCAGAUUUUCAUUGACUUGUUUGCAGAUGUUAUUUUCCUUGAGUAGUUUUGAUGAUAAAACCGGAGAUUUGAGCUUGACAGGACUUGAAGUUAGCAAAAUCUCUAUCAUGGUGCUUGUGCACAGAUGUGAAUAUAUCCUAAAAAGAUUUCUAAUUGAUGAGAAUAACUUAGGUGAACAUCCAUUACCAAGGCCAAGGCUUGAAGAAAUUAUUUUUGUCCUUCAAGAACUGGCAUAUCUUGUAAUUCAUCCUGAAACUGCAUCUGUUCUCCCACUACAUCCGAAUUUGAAAAGUGGCCUAGCAGAGCAUAAAGACGACAAACAUCCACAUCUACUUGUUCUAUUUCCUGCCUUUUGUGAGCUUGUUAUAUCAAGAGAAUCUCGAGUUAGAGAGCUGGUGCAGGUUCUACUUAGACUCAUCGUGACACAGCUGGGACUCGAAAAGGUUAGUGUAGGCAAUUGAUACGCGGAAGUCUCCUUGCAAGGAUUCAAGCACUUACACAUGUAACCUCAUUGUUGUUAAUAGAAAUUAAUCGGAGGAGUUUUCUGCUGUCCUCCUCCUCCUCUUCCAAUACGGUAUUAACGUUUAUUUGUAAAUCAUAGCUUAUUUGUAACAUCUGUUGUAUCAAGAUAACUAGCUCCGGGGUGAUAAUUCUUUGAACCAUGACUCAUGAGCUUCGUAUCAGUUUUGACACCGUCGCACUGUCACACAGUCAAUAGUGAUAGCCAAAAAUCGGGAUACUAGUUACAAUAUAUAUUUACGAAAAUUACAUCAACUUAUCAUUUUAAGCUUUGUUUAUUU